AUGAUUUCCUCACGGCGAGCGGUUCCCCUCCUUGGUCUUGCCUUUUUCCUCAUCUUCCUCUACACAGUCAAUAGUCUCUCGAGACAAUGGCGGCGGACGCCAGAGGCCGUGGGGCUGGGCAAACUGGUCGCUUCACCUAGCCCGAUACCAUCCGGGCUUUUGAACAUAAGUUUGGUGGAGAACCGCCCGUCCCGGACACCAUACGCUCCCCGGCCGCAAUAUGUGCCUGGUGUCCCCAAGCCCGACGGAGCCGAGUAUACGAAGAUGCUCGUUGUCCCAAAGACGCAGAACGAAGAUACGAAUUGGAUCGCGGCCGAGCUUCCCGACUGGCAGUCGGCAAUCUAUGUUGUAGAUGACCCGUCGUCACCCCUACAUCCGCCGAAGAAUAAGGGACAUGAAGUGAUGGUUUAUCUGAGCUUUAUUAUCGAGCAUUACGACAAGCUGCCGGAUAUUGUGGCGUUCAUGCAUUCACAUCAGUUCGCAUGGCACAACGAGGAGAUAUUUGGUGGCGAUGCGGCCGAGAUGCUGCGUCGCUUGAAUGUUGCGCGAGUGGUCCGGGAGGGAUACAUGAAUCUGCGGUGUAUAUGGGAGCCCGGCUGCCCCGACUGGAUGCAUCCCAGUAACCCAGAGGACAACGAACAGAAGCAAGAGGAGACGAUGCUGGCGCGGUCCUGGGGGGAGAUCUUCCCGGACGACCCUAUUCCACAGGUCCUGGCGCAGCCUUGCUGUGCUCAGUUUGCCGUCUCUCGGGAGCGAAUCCUGGCAAUUCCCAAAGCGCGUUUUGUCUUCUACCGAGAUUGGAUCCUCCGGACAGAACUAAGCGACUACAUAUCAGGCCGUAUUUGGGAGUACCUCUGGCAUGUGAUAUUUACUGGUGAACACAUCGUCUGCCCCGAGGUUCAUAUUUGCUUCUGUGACGGCUAUGGGCUCUGCUUCGGAGGUAAAGAAGAGUACGAGGCCUACCGGAGACUGGGCCAUGAGAAACAGGAAUUGGAAGAUGAGCUCAAGCGAUGGAAAUCCCAAGCCCAGACUGUCGAAAUUGCUCGGAUGCGUGGUACCCUGGGAGAAACGAGCCACCUCGACAUCCCCGAGCCCGGGAAAGAUUCAUCUCUUCAGGAGAAAAUCUAUGAGAAAGAACAGAAGAUCAACGAGGUUCUCUACAGUGCCGCCGAGCGUGGUAUGGACCCCAAAGCUCGGGCCUUGGAAGCAGGUAGAAAAUGGACCGAGGGUGACGGUUAUUAA